AUGGGCAGCUGGCGGAAAUACAAAACUACAAACACAAAUCUCUCUAUCUAUCUAGGUAGCUAUCUAUCUAUUCGUUUGUCUAUCUCUAGUUCUAUCUAUCUAUCUAUCUAUCUAUCUAUUUGUAUGUCGGUCUAUCUAUCUAUCUAUCUAUUUGUAUGUCGGUCUAUCUAUCUAUCUAUCUAUCUAUCUAUCUAUCUAUCUAUCUAUCUAUCUAAAAAUUCAAAAGCCGGAUUUUAUAUUGAUAACCAUUUCUUUUUUCUUCCUCUAUCUUUUCUCUCUGUCCAUCUUCAUCUCUCUUUCUCUCAAUCUAUCUCUCUCCUCUGUCUGUCAAUUUGCAUUUCUCUUUCUUUAUCUACAUAUCUAUCUAACUUCACUGCCCAACUGUAUCUCUCUUUCUCCCUCUCUCUCUCUCCCAAGCAACAUAAAAAUAUACAUGCAGAUCUGAUUAGGUAG